AUGGAUCCUCUGUUGAACGAUGGGCCCGAUGGGUCGUCCCUUAGGCCCGUCUCGUCGUUGUUGGCCAAGUUCGAGAACCUGAAUAAGACCGACAGCCAUCCCCAACCCGGCUCUUCCUCACGGACGGCAUCCCCCAUCCCGCCAGCGCCAGCGCCGGUACCAAAGCCUGAGCGGCUGCGUGAACGAGAUGCGAGCCCGUCGUCAGGGCGCGGGCCGCCGCCCGUCCCGCCAGCGCGCCCAAAGGACAGACCGAACGUCUCCAACAUCAGCGCUCCCGCGACCAACAUCGGCUUCCCUACCUCUCCCACGCGCCCUCUCCCUCCGCCCAUCAGUCCGCGCCCCGCCCAUCCUCCGUCCCUCACAGUCGAUCCACCUCAUUCGCCGCCAAAGAAGGGCCCUGGCUUGCCUACCGGCGACCGGCCUUCCUUUGUGAAUGCAAAUUCCUUGGUCAGCCCCUUGUCUCCGGCGACAGAGACCAGCCAGUUCAAAAUUCCGAGCCGCCCUCGUUCGCCGCAGGAGUCCCGUACAUCACCUCGUCUUGCGCCCUCGAAGCCCCCAUCCCCGCCUCCGCCAAGACGGUCUGUAGAGCUUAGGCGGGAAAGAGACGCUAAAGAUGGUGGCAGGCCCAUCCCACCGCCGGUGAACCGGGCAGACAAACCGCUGAUAGGGGCCGCUCGCUUUUCCCUGUUCUCGAAGCCUAGCCAGCCCGUCAAUGUGCCCAACAACGCCAGCGACAAGAUCUCACCCUUCAACAGUCCGCCUAGCAGUAGCGGGACGACGGAUGAGGAUGUGCCCCCUUCUUUGCCAACCCGGCCCACCACGCAGAGGGACUGGAUACCGAGGUCAAACGCCUUUCAGGCGGCUCCUGAACCGCUCGAAUCACCGUUCAACCAGCGUUCAGUGAAUGGAAGAAGACUUGGAAGAGAGGGUGCCAAUGGUAUAGCAGCGGAACCGCCCACGGGCGAGCAGCCGCCAGCGCUUCCGGCAAGACCGCAAAGCAUGAUAGACUCAGGGCGCGCUAUGCAGGUGACUUCAGCACCACCUCCGCGACCACCUCGACCGGUACUGAACACGAACUACGCUCAUGAAAUCGGCGCAGCUGGUCCAGCGGCUCAGAAGAGGGUCGCCUCAACGCCCACCACACACACUCCACUUGCUAUUCCAAGGCUCAGUGGUAGAUCCAUGACUUUCGAUGUGGAUCGGAUGCCGAGUAGGAGCGUCAGUGAUUUCCGUGGGUCAGCUGCACCCUCUACCCCCACGGAGCCGCGAGCCUCGGAUGCGCAGUCGAGGGGCGACGUCUCUGCGGCAGCCACCACGGCCUACCCAGACACCUCACGAACAAAUCGCAGCAAGCCAUACAUUGCGAAAGGCGUGCACGAAAUCGCCACUAACUAUGACAGCCGCCUCUUUGACGUCUGCGGUAGUUAUAUUUGUACGACCGGGGCCUACACACGAGCAUGGAGCGUGCAAGACGGCGAGCUGGUGAUGAGCCUGGCCAUGGGUGAAGGCCUGAAAGGGACAGCCGUGCUGUUCAAACCCGGGGAGAACGUCGAUGAAGAAGGCAAGCGGGUCUGGAUAGGGAACAACAAUGGCGAAUUGCUAGAGGCCGAUGUGCCGUCACAAAGCAUCGUGAACCAAAAACCCAACGCCCAUGGGCGGUACGAAAUCAUCAAAAUAUACCGACAUUACAACGAGGUGUGGACGCUGGACGAGAGCGGCGCCCUCCAUGUCUGGGGUCCCGGCGACAAGGGUGUUCCGAACCUGUCGUUGGGUCCUGCCCAAACCUUCCGCUUACCCCGAGGACAUACCUUCUCGAUAGUUGUGGGCGACGAGCUGUGGCACGCGACAGGCAAAGAAAUACGGGUAUUUUUACCGACGCUUGAUGGGCGGACGCAGUUUCAAGUCCUGAUACGACCGCUCACUCAAGACAGCGCUGGAGAAGUAACGUCGGGUACCAUGCUCGCGUCAGAACCAAACAAGGUUUUCUUUGGACACAGCGACGGUAAAGUGAGCAUCUACUCGAGGAAAGAUUACUCGUGCCUGGGGGUGAUGAACAUCAGCCAGUACAAGAUCAAUUCGCUGGCUGGCGUGGGCCGGCGCAUGUGGGCUGGGUUCAAUACGGGCAAAAUGUCGGUAUUUGACAUGGAGCCGACGCCGUGGGCUCUCAAGAAGGACUGGCAGGCUCACAAGAACCCAGUCGUCAAGAUUGUUGCCGACCAUUCCAGCUUCUAUAAGCUGGAUAGGUGCCAGGUGGUGUCGCUGGGCGCAGAUAACAUGCUGCGGAUUUGGGACGGGCUUCUCCAGGACGACUGGCUCGAGAGUGAGAUGAAGCUCAAAGACUUCCAGUACUGCACCUUUGAUGAAAUCAAGGCCCUGAUCGUGACGUGGAACGCGGGUGCCUCGACACCCUAUAGCCUGCGUUACUCCGAGUCGGACGCCACGUUUAUCCGGGAUCUGUUGCAGAGCAGCGACUCGCCAGAUAUCAUUGUCUUUGGGUUCCAAGAGCUUGUGGACCUCGAAGACAAGACGGCCACAGCUAAACGCUUCCUCACUAAGAAACCCAAGAAGAAGGAGGGCUCGGACCAAGAACGCAUGAGCCACCAGUAUCGCGAUUGGCGCGACUUCCUAGCCCAGAGCCUGGACGACCACAUGUCAAGCGGCGGCCUGUACCACAUCCUACACACGGCGCCGCUCGUCGGCCUCUUCACGUGCAUUUUCGUCAAAGCCGACCUCCGCGAGCGCGUCAGCAAUGUCAGCAGCGCCGAGGUCAAGCGCGGCAUGGGCGGGUUGCACGGCAACAAGGGCGCCAUUGUGGUGCGCUUCAUGCUGGACGACACGUCGCUCUGCUUCGUCAACUGCCACCUCGCAGCGGGCCAGACGUCAGCCAACGCGCGGCACAACGACAUCGCCGCCAUCCUGGAAGCGCCGCUCCUCCCGCCGCAGCGCGAUCCGGCCGUGCGCAUCGACAGCUUUGUCGGCGGCGGCGACGGGUCCAUGAUCCUGGACCACGAACUCUGCCUGCUCAAUGGCGACCUCAACUACCGCAUCGACACCAUGAGCCGCGACACGGUCGUGGCGGCGGUCAAGGCCGGCAAUCUGGCCAAGCUCCUCGAGCGCGACCAGCUGCUCGUGGCGCGACGCCGUAACCCGGCGUUCCGCCUGCGGGCAUUCGAGGAGCAGCCGAUCUCGUUCGCGCCGACGUACAAGUACGACGUGGGCACGGACAACUACGACACGAGCGAGAAGAGGCGCAGCCCGGCGUGGUGCGACCGGCUGCUGUACCGGUGCGGGAGCGGCCGGGGCCGGAUCGAGCAGUUGGAUUACCGGCGGCACGAGGUGCGCGUGUCGGACCACCGGCCUGUUAGUGGGCGGUUUCGGUUCAAGGUCAAGAGGAUUGACCCCAAGAAGAGGGCGGUCGCGUGGAUGGAGUGCCAGCAGCGGUGGGAGGACCUGAGAGCGAGGGAGGCCGAGGCCGAGAAGAUGUUUUACUUGACCAAGGUAAUUGGCUAUGACAAGUCGACGGCGCAGAGUUUGAUUAGUGAGCGGGCCUUGAGAAGGGUCCAUCGGAGUCCCAGUCGGCACAGGGAAUGA